UACCUCCACUUUAACACUAUCCAGUGAAUGGAUCUACAUGCUUGAAUGAACUGCAACAUUUCAGAAGAACUGGAUUUUCAAUUCGGAUGGGCUCUGGGCCUGUGCUUUGACCAUGAAAUGGAAUGCGACUGUGUAGCUGGACACAGCUAGUGGAGGCUAGCUGGCUAAACCGACUAGCAUUAGCUAGCAUAUCUGGGAGAUGUCCGUCCUGGAGUACAAUGGUUGAGUAUCGACUGUCUCUAUAACUAAGCACCAUAUUGUGGAUUUUAUGUGACGGAAUUUGCUAGCACUAAUUUUCAUUAAUAAUAGUCUGGUGUAACUCACUUUAUCUGGAACCUCGAUCGUGCUAGCUUUUAAAUGCUAAUGUUAAGCUCGUGAUUUAGCUAGCUAGCUGGCUGGCUGUCUAAUUGUGAAAUAGCUGUAGCGUUAGCUGACUAGCCUGUUACACAGCUAGCCCAAUGUUUUGUUUCACGACACAACAAGGGACAUAGCUUAGGUAAAGUACAUAAUAUUAACAUUAUUCCCAACGUGGCUAUAGCGUUUAUUUCGUAGAUAAAUGCCUAAUUCAGACGUGCUUCGCGAGGGUCGGGGACGGAGCCCCUCUGCACAGAGAAAUGCUAACAGGCAGGAUAGGCGUAGUAAACCAGGGAGCGGUGCUGCUCAGCGAGAGAGACACCGUGAGAAGAGGCGGUCAUCGGCUUCUAGGAGAAAGAAACGCAGGCAGGCCAAGGAAAGAGACUUGUGGCAUAGUGGUACAGCGGAAGACCAUGACAAUGAUCGAAAAAGCACUUUUGAAAAAGAGGUUGAACUUCGGACAUUGGUAGAGUAUGACGACGUGAGCUCCCAGUCAGAGCGAUUUUCUGGGAGCCCCUCUCCUAAACUUGACCCCCAUGCUGACCGUCUCUCAGUAGACCGACUCAGUGAUGUUGAGUUUGGUGACUAUAAUGGACCAGCAUCCCCAGACAGAAGUCAGCCGAGAGACCGGGAGGCAGUGUGCCUCAGCAAAGACGAACAAACAAGAGGACCAUCUGAAAGGAGCAAGCAAGAGAAGGAGCUCGGGAAGAAAAAAGACCGCCAGAGUCGUGAGAGAGACUCCUCAAAAGCUCGGAGUGGAGGAAGCCUGAGUGGCUCUAAAAAUCACAGAGACACUACAAGGAGCAAUGACAGAAAUGGUAAGAGAACAUCUACAUCUCAGCCCUCACAAUCUGCAGAUAAAAGGGAUUCAAAAAGCCACAGAAGUAAAACAAGAUCCGACAAAGAGCCCCCAUCUGCAUACAGAGAUGCUCCACAAUCGUACAGAGAUGACCGUGAAGACCUCAGGGCAUACAGGAGAAGUCCUGGUUUCAAAGCAGAAAGUCCCUAUGGGACAUCAUACUCAUAUAGCUACCAAUCUCCUGGUGGUUAUAACCAGCUGAUUUCUAGAAGAAGUCCAACUUAUGGGAGCAAAAGACUCUCUCCCAGUUCCACAUAUUACAGCCGGGAUGUAGAUGUGUAUGGGGCCUAUGGCAUGCCAAAGUCACCCAGUUCAUACUCCAGCAACAAAAGGAAGCGAUCCCCUGUGAGCCCAGCGAACUGGCGGAGGUCACCUAGUUAUGGCCGACACAGUCCGUAUGAACAAGGAGAGUUUGGUUCAAGUCCUUAUGGAAACCGCAGGAGAUCACGAAGUCCAUACAGGAAGUCCCUGAGCCCAAGUCCAGAUGUCAGGCGAUCUGCUAGAUCACGUAGCAGAAGUCCAUAUUCAUCUUCAAGGCAUUCACGUUCUCGCAGUCGUCACCGCCACUCUCGCUCCCGCAGUCGCCCCUCUAGCCUCUCGCCAAGCACGCUCACCUUCAAAACCAGUCUUGCUGCUGAACUCAGUAAGCAGAAAAAGGUGAAAGCUGCUGAAGCCGCUGCCAAAGCCAAGAACUCCAGCAACACAUCUACUCCAACCAAGGGUUCCUCAUCUGCUCACCAACCGAGUCCCAAGUCUAACCACACAUCCAGGAAGGGCCGCCCUCCUUCUCCACCUCAGCCAGAGAAAGGUCCCAGAACUCCAACGUCCAGCCAGCCCCAGUCUCCCUCUGACAGGUCAUCCAAGAGGACCACCGAGCACCAGACCAGCAGGGACAGAGACGGGAAGGGGAAGGAUGACUCUGUGCAUCGGGACAAGAGGAAAGCACCAGCAUCUGGACAGAGCAAAGACAAGGAACGAGCCACUGGUCCUGUCGUCUCUACUCUGCCAUCCAUAUCAUUGCCCCAAACGGUUCUUGAGCACAUGAAUAAAGGAGAAGGCUUGAAGGACAGCUCGCUCUCAGGGAAGAAGAAGUCAGAGAGAAAGGCCCGUCAGCUUCUGAGCGACUUGCCCCUCCCCCCUGAACUUCCUGGUGGCACAUCCUCCCCACACAGCCCACCUGAGGACAAAAAGUCCCAAACAGUUCGCCGAAGACCUAAAAUUUGUGGCCCAAGAUACGGUGAGAUUAAGGAAACGGAGAUUGAUUGGGGCAAACGCUGCGUGGACAAGUUUGAGAUCAUUGGAAUCACAGGGGAAGGCACCUAUGGGCAGGUGUACAAAGCUAAAGACAAAGACACUGCUGAAAUGGUGGCUUUGAAGAAGGUUCGACUGGACAAUGAAAAGGAGGGCUUCCCCAUCACAGCCAUCAGAGAGAUUAAAAUUUUGCGACAACUCAACCACAAGAGCAUCAUAAACAUGAAGGAGAUUGUCACGGACAAGGAGGAUGCUCUGGAUUUUAAAAAUGAUAAAGGUGCUUUCUAUCUUGUAUUUGAAUACAUGGACCACGACCUAAUGGGUUUGCUCGAGUCCGGCCUGGUUCAUUUCAACGAGAGCCACAUCAAGUCUUUCAUGCGACAGCUGCUGGAGGGUCUCGAUUACUGCCACAAGAAGAACUUUCUGCACAGAGACAUCAAGUGCUCCAAUAUUCUGCUCAAUAACAAAGGUCAAAUAAAGCUCGCAGACUUUGGUCUUGCUCGGCUGUACAACUCUGAAGAGAGUCGACCAUACACCAACAAAGUGAUCACACUGUGGUACCGCCCCCCGGAGCUGCUCCUGGGGGAAGAGAGGUACACGCCUGCUAUUGAUGUGUGGAGCUGCGGAUGCAUUCUCGGAGAACUUUUCACAAAGAAACCCAUCUUUCAAGCUAAUCAGGAGCUUGCCCAGCUAGAGCUUAUCAGCCGAAUAUGUGGCAGCCCCUGUCCUGCUGUCUGGCCAGAUGUAAUAAAGCUUCCCUUCUUCAACACCAUGAAACCAAAGAAACAGUACAGGAGACGCUUACGAGAGGAGUUUGCUUUCAUCCCUCCGUCUGCCUUGGAUCUGUUUGACCACAUGUUAAACCUGGACCCCAGCAAACGCUGCACAGCUGAACAAGCCUUAGGCAGCGAGUUCCUCAAGGAUGUGGACCCAGACAAGAUGCCCCCACCAGAUCUUCCACUGUGGCAGGACUGCCACGAGCUGUGGAGUAAGAAACGUCGGCGACAGAAGCAGAUGCCAGAGGAGCUGGCCGCCCCUAAGGCGCCUCGUAAAGAGCUGGGCCUUGACGACAGCCGCAGCAACACUCCCCAGGGCUUCCCUGCUCCUGGAGGUAUCAAAGCUCAGAAUGCUGCAGCUUCUGCACUGCUCGACCCAAAGGGUCCAAACUCCCAGUUGACACAGGAGCAGCUGGCCGUCCUCCUGAACUUCCUCGGCCAGCCCAAGAGCUCAGUCAACACGGCCCAGUUUGUCCAGUCCAUGAGCACAAAGGUCAACCAGGAGACGUUACAGCAGCUCUCCAAAGCCCUAGCUCCCACUGACCCAGCUGAGCCUCCUGCUCAGCCUACACCCGCCAAGCCUCCCCAGCCUGCUGCUCCUGCAGGAGUGCCGCGCACACCCCCGAUGCCCAAGCCUCCUUCACCCCCCAUGUCCGCACCGUCGGGUAUUCCAGAAGGCGAGGCUGCAGCUGCUACUCAGACAGCCAUGACGAUGCUGCUGGCUCAACUCCUCCAAGCUCAACAGGCUCAGAGGCCGGAGCCAGGUGACGGUGUAGAAGGAGGAGAGAGCACAAACCCUGCAGGAGCAGCACCAGGGGGACCUCUUCUACCUCCAGAGGUCAAACAGCCUCCAGAGCCCAGCCCAGUCUCUCCAGUGUCUGAAGUAGGUGGAGUGUCGAUCCUGCCCCCAGACCAGAGACCACCUGAACCUCCAGAACCACCUCCACAUGCUGACCUGGACUACAGGCAGCCUCCACCUGAGCCCAAGACAGGCCACGCUCCUCCCAUUGCAUCUGCGGGUGGAGGUGACGGUGGGAGACCUCCAGAACCGGACUACCCUCCCCUCCCUACCGCAGAAGGGCCUGGAUACGGGGGUGAGUACAGCCACCCACCGCCGCCACCCUUCACCCCUGCAGGGUUUGGGGACAGUUACAUGGGUCACAUGCUAGGUGGCGGCCUGCCUCCUCACACACUGAGAGAAGUGUUUAGCGGACCCGGCCAGGCCGCGGGCUCCUCGUCUGGCGCAGGGGUUCUGGCCCCAGCCCACCCAGACCCCUUCCCCCCAGGCGCCGGAGCCACUGGACCCAGCAGCAUGGUGUUCACCGGGGACAAGGACCACCGCUUUGAGUACAAUCACAGCCCCUUACCUGUGGAGGGACAGCCCAACCCCAGCGCUAUCCACCUGUACAACCACGCCAUGGCUAGAAAGGAUGGUGUACCUCCUCCCCCACCCAUCCCUGCACCGGGACAACCCUGGGGUUCCCCUUCUCAAGUCGGUGCUCCACCACUACCCCUAGGCUUUGUCCCACACGUGAACUCGACAGCAACAAUCAGAGGACGAGGACUGCCUUUCUGAAAGACUGGAAAUCUGACGUGACAAUGGACAAAAGGCUACAGGACUCUGUUUGGAGCCUGAAGCCUCUCAGGCCAGACCAGAGGGAUCUGGAGAUGCACACUCAGUUUGUAAUAACUUAAAUCUGUGUAAGGCAUUGUAUUCCUCCUCAGUCUGGAAUGUGGAGUACGUUGCAGAAGGACAGCUGAAUAACCCCCGGAGGAGCUUUUCUUGCUCAUACCAUUUUCAUAUUUUUUUGUAAUCUAUUCUGCUGUCUUUUAAAUUAAACUUUUACCUUUUUUGAGUGUACAUUUAUCAGACAGGUAAAUUUUAAAUCUCUACCUUUAGCCUGUCUGUAAUUGCUCCAGGGCAGACUAGUAUUAAUGUUUUGCACUACUGAUUGAAGUAGGCGGAAACAGUUUUAGCUACGAGAGGAAAUGGAUGAUGUGCUUUACCUGUACAAUUAGGAAUAUGAGCAGUAAUGUAGUGUCCUUUUUUUUUUUUUUUUCUUUUUCUUUUUUUUUAAUGGUGGUGAUUAUGUUGAAACGAUGACGGCUCAGUUGAUUGGGUUGAUGGCGGUAGGUAUCAGCACAGGGAGCUCUAUGAGGAAAAGGACUGUUAGUUCCAGAGAGACUGAUAGCACUUGGACAACUGCGGCAAAUCUGAUCCGACUGUAAUGGAGAAAAGGCUAUUUUCACUUUGGAUUCCACUUGCCUUUUUGCCAAUAGGUGUUGUAAAUCAUGAGCAAAACAAAACACACACACACA